AUGAUAGACCUGCUGCAGGGAGCUUCUUCCCUCGCCAUUUCUUACUACCUCCUCUUCCUCCUCCCCCUCUUCUUCCUCUCCCUAACCUAUCUAGCACUCAAAUCCACAACUUCCGGCCGCGGCGGCGGGCGGAAACUCCCUCCAAGCCCACCGUGGGGGCUCCCAAUCGUCGGCCACGCCAGCCUCAUGAAGCCCCCAAUCCACCGCAGCCUCCACGCCCUCGCCCAGCGCCACGGCCCCAUCUUCUCCCUCCGCCUCGGCAGCCGUCCCGCCGUCGUGGUCUCAUCCGCCGCCUUGGCCGACGAGUGCUUCACCAAAAACGACGUCGCCUUCGCCAACCGCCCCCGCUUCACCAUGGCAAAACACAUCCACUACAACUACACCACCAUGACCCACGCCCCCUACGGCGGCCACUGGCGCAACCUCCGCCGCAUCGGCUCCCUCGAGAUCUUCUCCGCCCACCGCCUCGCCGCCUCCCUCCCCAUCCGCCGCGAGGAGGUCCGCCGUCUCGUCGCCAAGCUCGCUCGUCGCUGCUGCGAUGCCGGCGGCGCGGCGAUGGUGGAGAUGAAGUCAGCAUUACAGGAGCUGACAUUCGACACCAUGAUGAUGAUGGUGGCCGGGAAGAGGUUCUACGGCGACAGCGACGAGGCCAGGGAGUUCAGGGAGGUGAUUAAGGAGGUGGUGUCGCGUGGCGGCGCGAGCAACCGCGCCGACUUCGGGGCGGUGCUGCGGUGGGUCGACGGCGGCAAGUUGGAGAGGACGGCGAGGGAGGUGGCGGGGAGGACGGAUUCGUUCAUGCAGAAGUUGAUUGAGGAGCAUAGGGGCGAGAAAAGGAACACCAUGAUUGACCACUUGCUUACGCUGCAAGAGUUGGAGCCCGAGUACUACAGUGACCAGAUCAUCAAAGGCCUUAUCAUGGUCAUGUUAUUGGCAGGAACCGAUACUUUAGCCGUGACUUUGGAAUGGGCACUAGCAAACCUUCUCAAUCAUCCAAACAUAUUACUCAUGGCAAGAGAAGAACUCGACAAGAAAAUUGGUCAAGAAUGCUUGAUCGAUGAGUCAGAUAUUUCCAACCUUUCUUACCUUCAGAACAUAAUCUCUGAGACCCUUCGACUGUACCCAGCUGCUCCACUCCUAGUCCCUCAUGUGUCAUCCGAGGAUUGUGUGGUUGGAGGGUACCACGUGCCGCGUGGUACUAUACUAUUGGUUAAUGCAUGGGCUAUUCACAGAGACCCUAAUCUUUGGGACGAUCCCACGAGUUUCAAACCAGAAAGGUACCAGAAUGAAGGGAAGGAAAGUUAUAAGAUGAUACCUUUUGGGUUGGGUAGAAGGUCUUGUCCUGGUGUAGGUCUUGCUCAUCGGGCUUUGGGGUUGACACUUGGGAUAUUGAUCCAAUGCUUUGAAUGGGAAAGAGUGAGUGAGGAAGAGGUUGAUAUGACUGAAGGGAAAGGGGGUUCAAUGCCUAGAGAGAAGACAUUGGAGGCCAUCUGUACGAGUCGUCCAAUUGUGAAGAAAUUCUUUUCAUGA